AUGCCGCAGGAGGUGGAGCUUCUGAUUAAGAUCCUCUCGGCACGAGGAUUGCGGGAUGCAGCCCCUGAUUUGUUUGGCCUUCAGGCAGCCUAUGCACUUCCACAUCGAGAUGUGUCGCAUCCCCCGAUGCAGAAGCCGGGAAGGCAGACGAUGGAACCGUACUGCAUCUGCGAGAUCAUGGGCCGCGACGAUGGGGACGCCCCCAGCGUGCGCACCGCUCCGCUGGCGGAGGAGGAUUCACCGCAGUGGAAUCACAAGAAGAAGAUGGUGAUACUUGAGGGAGACACACUGAUCUUCAUGGUGAAUUGGAAGGAUGAUGACUCUGAGGAUGACUUGAUUGGUUGGGCCAAGCUGGAUUUUGAUUCGCUGAUGCCCACAGGCUUUGUUGGUGAAUUGCGACUGACUGAUGCCUCUGCUAGCAAGGCGGUGGUGUACAUGGUGCAGACCUGGCUUUGGAUGGAGUUUACGUUAGCCACAAAAUGGCUGAGCAUCGGCGGAAUUGCCCAUGGUGCCAUGUCUGAGUCGGCCUCGUUGGAGAUCCUCUUGGCACAUGCGCAGGCUUGUCACCACCGAUGUCUUCUGGCUGCACUGGGGGUAGUCGCGGACCAGCGACUGGUGCUGUGCCAAGAGGUUGCCAGGCGCACAGUCGGAACCACCUUGGUGUGUAGCCAUCGUGGUGGGAUCCCUGCGGAAAGUUGCAGGGAAUGGGCCUUUGCAGAUCACAACAGCAACUGCCUCGGAGGAACCUUCGCUGCUUGCGUCUUUUUUGAUAUUCCGCAAGCAUCUGCAGAAACCCUGUGGGCUGCCUGUGAGACAGUGCGGGGUGGUGGUAUUGUUUGCUUGGUUCUGCCGGCACAGCUGACGCUGAAAGAUUGCAUGGAUAUGGAGACAGAGGCACCGGGCAGCCUGUCGGCUGAUCAGAAGCUUGGUGAGGCCCUCUUGCCGCGUCUGGUUCACAGCCUGUGGCGGUUGCCUUGUGGCUUUGUGGAUCACGGACUGAAGCUUCUGGCCGCAUCUAGAGGAGCUCUCGUGGUACCUGAGGACACGUCGGAAGUCGCCGCUGCACCGGGGGAGUCGCCGUUGCUGCAGCUGUGCUGUACGCCAUGUCAAGAGAAAGCCUUGCGAGCCAUUCUGGAGGCAGUGUCCAGUAAAAGCUCCGGCUGUCAGCGCGUGCUGUCUCUGAGCGGCCGCCGCGGACGCGGCAAAUCCUCGGUGGCGGGCUUGGGGUUGGUGGCAGCGCUGCAGCGGCAAAGGUCGGUGGUGGUGACCGGGCCGGGAUGCAACAGCGUUCAAGGCAUGUUUCGCUUUGCUGCGAAUGUGCUGAAGGAGGCAGAUCUGCCGGAUGGCCCGUUGCAAAGCUUGAUGUUUGGCAGAGCCCGCUUUCUCCACGCGGAGACCGUGCCCGGCUAUGUGGCAGCAUUGUCAGCGGUUGGCGAUGCACCCGUGCUCAUCGUAGAUGAAAUGGCCUCCUUAGCCAUUCCCACCCUGCACCAGUUGCUCUCGGCCCCAGUACCGUUGAUCCUUUUGCUCGGCACCCUGUCGGGUGCUGAAGGUACAGGUGCAGCUAUUCAAGAGAAGGUCUUCAAGGAAUUGACCGCGGAUUCGGCUGAAGCCUGUCAUCAUGCCACUCUGCCACCUGGUGUCACGAAGCGCGACUUCGUGAAGCUUUCGCUUCAUCAGGCAGUCCGGUAUAAGCCACUGGACCCCGUGGAGAGCUGGUUGGAUUCGCUGCUGUUUCUGGAUGUGCCAGCUCCUCCCAGCGAUCCCAAAGCCUAUGGAACUUUGAAGGCUGCGGAAUUUUUGGAGAUCGACACGACGUCCAAUUCGCAGUUGCUCUCCGAGGUCAUGGGCCUGUUGCGUGGUCACUACCGCACCUCGCCCAACGAUUUGGCGCGCUUGGUCAGCGACUCUCACAUCCGCACCUUCGCCUUGGUCGGCAACGGAGGGGCAGGACCACCUGCCGUGGCAGUGGUGGCGAUUGAGGAGACGCCGGAAAGACUGGGGAAAUCGGGAGCAAAGGUGCACCAAACGCAUUUGUUGGCGAACGGCAUUGAGAAGGAAUACCCCCACCUGGCCCUGGCGCGGCUAUCUGGCUUGCGUCCCUGGCGCGUGGUGGCCUCUCCAGCCUUGCGGGGACGUGGCUUCGGGCAGAAGGCGCUGGAGCUCUUGGAGCGCCACGUGAGGCAGCCUUCCAAAGAUGGUACUCCCGCAUUUGACUGGUUGGGCGUUUCCUUUGGUCUUACGGCCCCGCUCUUUCGCUUCUGGUCUCGUGCUGGCUAUCGCCCGGUAGUGAUGUCAAACACGCCCAACGAUCAGACGGGGGAGAUGUCCAUCAAGAUGCUUCUUCCAGUCAGCGCAGCUCUUGAGCGAGCGCUUCCUGCCAUUACGCCCCUCUUUGGCACAUCCUUCUACCGUCGACUUGCCACCUGCUUUCGUGAUUUGGACCCCUGCCUGGUAGUGGAGAUUUUCGCUUCCAGCACUCUUCCGAAAAGCGAAAGUGCCUGGCAGGCUUCGUCUUUGGAGGCUGCACGCUUGGAACAGCUGGCCAGAGCACGGCGGCCUGUGGAAGAAGUAGCCAGGAACUAUGACAUGUUCCAUUGCUUGGCUUCUGCAUAUUUCUUGGGUUCCUUGGAGGGCAUGCGCUUUUCGAAGGCAGAAGAAUCUGCGCUCUGUGCCGUGGGCGCGCAGACACUGAGUCUGGAGGCGGCCGCUGAACGCCUGGGCCGCGGGAGCAAGGCGGGAGAUCGGCAGAACGACGUGGCGGCCAGGCUUCGCUGCGUGGCCAAGGAGGUCGCCCUCCACAUCGGAGCUUUGGACGUAGAGUGCUUGCUCACGAUCGCGCCUCGAGAGCAGGUGCUAUUGGAGCGAAGUCAGUCCCAGUUUGUGGCACAGCUCUGGCUCCCUCCGCUGUUGGACUUGCGCGGGGAGGUCUUUAUCCAAGUCCCAGAGGGAACUCGUGAUGUAGAGGACAACCUUGAAGAGUUGGCCAAUUACGCCAUUCACGACCUUCAUGUGCAAGAACCCCACUUCAGCAUGCUGGUCAGUGGUGCCAAACGCAUUGAACUGCGCUUGGCCAAGAAAUGCUUCAGUUGCAUCGAAGCCAAGAGUUAUUUCCGCCUGCAGCGCGUCUCACCUCCUCAGUCUGCCAUGUUCAAAAUCCUGCGAGUCAGUCAUUACCAGUCCUUAGAGGAGGCUCUGCGCACUGAAGGUGUUGAGGAGAUCUUGCCAGGCACCACUUCUUUGAGCGCAGGUCUCAAUACCUUUCAACAGCUGUAUGGUGGAGCAGCAACACCGGAGGUCCAAGGUGUUGUGGCCUUUGAGAUCGAACUGGCCACUAAGGCUCCCAAGACUCCUGCGGCGCUGCCCAUUCUGAGCGUUUCCGCGGCUCCGCCCUCCACGCGAACGGAUCAGCUUCAGAUUGAUUGCGCCUGGCGGUAUCCAACCAACGUCAAGGGCUCGGGUGAACUGAAGCUGACGCCGCGCUGGGACAGCUUCGCAGGAGAGGUGGGACCCAGCUGGUGCUUAGAAGCCACCGCUUUCUGCGUUCUGGGCGAGCAGACUUGUUCAUUGCCUUGUCACAAGGAGUUGGACUUCAUCUUGGACCUUGGCGAUUCCAAACCUCGUUGGAGUCAGGUGAAGGUUCUCCUGACUGUCUGGGACGAAGUGGUGCUGCGGGUCUGUCGCAGUGCAUUCUUUGGUCAAGCAUGGUUACCUCCGAUCACUGUCCUUGCCGAGGGGAAGUUGGAACUUCCACUGCUGCACCAAGGGGAAGUGGGUGAACUCUUGUUGGAGGCCAGCUGGAAAUAUCCCGCAGGUCCGGAGUCCAAUUUGGAGUCUCAGGGAUCUUUGACCCUGAAAAACUUGGUGGUGCGGGGUGUGAACGGUCCAGCGUAUUUGGAAGUUCGGGUGCUGCAUCAAUGUGGCAGAGGGGUGGAAGGUGCUGGCGAUCACCAGUUGAUUUUGCCAAUCAGCGUUCCAAAGGCUGGAACUCAACCGGGAACGAACCCAGCACGGCUGAAGCCGGCAGAUGCCAUGGCUCCGGUGUUGAAGGUGGCGACUCCACGUCCCAGGAGCGCCGGGCCGCGUUUCGUCGCGCCUGGGAGCCUGGUGAAGUUGGGCCGCCGCCUGCGUUUCCUCGGCUUCGACGUGCGCCUGGUGGAGAGCGUGGCGGAGGCUGCGGCCGUGGCGGAGAACGAGCAACGACAGCUGCUUCUUCUACAAGGCUCUCGGAUCCGAGGCUCUUCUACAGCGUGUGCAGUACCCAGAAGUUCCCUGGAGGAGCAGCUUCAAUUUACCUUGGAUCACUUGGGCAUUCUGCUGGAUCCUGCCCUGAUGGCUUCACGCUGCGCGGAAUGCAACGCAGACAAGUUUCGCUUGGCCAGUGCUGAAGAGGUGUCCAGCGAACUGCAUGCCAGCACCAUCGAGCGCUACUCGGAGUUCUGGCGUUGUUGCAGCUGCCGGAAACUCUACUGGGAAGGUGGUGCCUGGUGUCGUUCCAUGCGCGCGGCUGGUGCUGCCUGGACUGGGGGUCCCACCGACGAAGAAAAGUGUGAGCUGCCGGCCUUUCUCAAGGUGUCUGUGAAGCCAGCCUCAUUAGCAGAACCGGAGGAGCUUGACGAGGCUGAACCAAGGCCUGCCCCCUUGGCGCCGAUGGCGUCGCACUUUGUGGAGGGCAUCGGGGACCAGGAAACACUUCUCCGGCAGCCGGAGCAAGCGGUUGACUCCAUCGGUGACGCCUCUGAGCUUCCUUUGGAGCCUCAAAGUGUGGAGUUGGAGCCUACCCUGCCUGCCCAAAAGAGCCCAGUUGCGCCUGAACUGCCAGUGCAACCCCCGUCACCAAAGUCGCCAUUGCUGUCCCCUUCGGCAUCGCCGUCGCCAAAAUCGCCCUCGGCGUCCCCAUCUUCCACCGGCCAAGCACUGCCCGGACAAGUGGAAAGGGAUGCAGCUACAUCGCCCAGCGGCAACGAAGAAACUACGGAUCCUGGUAGCCCAACAGAAAGGUUGGAAGCACCGGUGCCUAAAAAGCAAAGCAAGCCCAAGGCCAAGAAGCGCACUGGUGGUGCAGGGAAACCGCCUCCACCUCCGCCCAAGGUGCCAGAGCCACCCCCCUUAGUUCCCAAAAAGGAGCUCAAUGAAUACGAGGAUGAGGUGGUGAGUGCGAUCGACCUUUUGUGUCGACAGAAACGACCCUUGAGGCAAUCCUUGGAGGAGGCACUGGAUCUACGGCAGAGCCUUGUGGAUGCGGAUGCAGAUGAUGAAGGCAAACUUUCAUCCUUUGGAGUGCAAGCUGAUGAAGGGCCCAAGUCCUUUGGACAGGUCCUGGCCCAGGCUUGGACUGGCAAUGCAGGCCGAUCGCCCGCGCCUGUAGCGCAUGUGCUCCCUUGGCCGUCACAGGAGGUCACACACCGAGAAGUGCCUGGCUUGCGGGGCUUGGGGAAGCCAUUGGCCGCGCGCUUGCGUGGGCUGCUUUUACACCUGGAACGAGCUGUUGCAUUGGAUCCAGAGAUCUCUGCAUCAGACCUCUUGCAGCAAGAUCUGAUCACCGAGGCCGGAAAGCCCGAAGUCAAUCUGCAGGCUUCCGGGCUUGGCAAGUUCCCACCACCUCUGAUGGUGGCUGGAAACGUGGAGCCCAUGCCGUUGACUUUGACUGCACUUUCUUCUGACGAAGAGGACAGCCGGACAGCCUGUUCGGCACCUUUGAUUGACGAACUGACAGUUCAUUCUUAG